AUUUUUUUAUUUUUUUCUUCUUUUUUUUCACCGAGUUUAUUCGCAUCCGAGUUGAGAUAGUAUAUGAACACAAUAGAUACGGACGGAAGCUUUUUGUCGGCUCCCUCAGCAAUCAGUCCAGAGCUGGAUCCAACUCACGUCAGCUUAAAAAUAGUAUUUUAAUUUUCGUGAAGCUUUUAAAAUGAUCAAGACUGUAUUAAUAUUUAUAUUUUUAUUAAACGUGAUUAAAGCAAAAAGUGAAACAAAUUGGAAUUUACCUGAAAAUUUGACAGUUUUUAAUAUAACAAAUGUAACAGCUGAGGUAAAAUUGCCUCAAUCAACAGGCAUAAAUAUAAAUAAUAUAUUUAUUAUUUUAAAAAUACAAAAUACAAAUGACGUAGCAUUUAAUGAACAUAUUAUUGAACCAACUGUGACUGAUUACACGUUUAAAAAUUUAAUACCUGGUGGUAAUUACAAAAUUGAAAUUUGUGUUCGUGAUAAAAAAAAAAAUAAGACGCUAUUUUGUCAUGAUUCACCAAGAUAUUUUGCAACAGUACCAAAUCCACCAGGUAAUUUUAAUUCAAUAACAACAACUGAAAAAACAAUAACAAUAAAUUGGCUUCCAUCAUUUGGAUUAUCACAAUGUUAUCGAGUUGAAAUUGAAAAUUCAGAUGAAAAAUUUUCUAAAAAAAUUGAUAAAACAACAAUGACAUUUGUUAAUUUAUUUCCCGGAAGAGCUUAUAAUAUUUCAGUUAAAAGUGAUUCAGGAUAUCGUGUGUCAACACCAAUUAAAGUUGAGUGUCGAACAAGGCCAUUACCACCAGCGAGUGUCAUUGUUAAUCAGUCAUCAAUAGCACCAACAAGUUUGCGUGUUGUAUGGUCAGCUCCAAGUGAACAAACUGAUUUUGAUGGAUACAAAGUUUGGCUACAUCAUCAGCCACCUGGUACACUUGUUGAUGUUGAUCCAGUUGUUGUUAGUAAAGACGUGCAUUCAUGGGAAUUUAAAAAUCUUGUACCAAGUGAAUUUGGUUAUCAGGUAAAUGUCGAAACAGUAUCUGGCAAUGUCAGCAGUCAUCCUGCUCAUUGCUCAUCAGUGCCAUCAAUAAAAUAAU